AUGGUGUCCGGACAAAACCCCCAUUUUCGGGAUCAGACCGUUUCUGCUAUUGACCGGGGUCCUAUUGACAUGUUCCUUGGUUCCUUUCAAUGCCAGAUCCCUGUACCGCAUACGGCGGACCUUAUGGCACCCAGAUAUCAAUCAUUCCAGAUCGAGAAACCUGUGUCAGAGUUUUUCACAGGUACCUACCCCUGGGAUGAAAAGGAUCAGGAUGCCGACAAGGAAGAGGCCCAUUCCCUGGAUGUAGAGGAUGAAGAAAUAGGUGAAGAUGCAGGUAAAAUAGAUCUUCGAGCUAUUGGAAAAUUUGAAAUCACUCACAUAUUGUUUCAUGAAGACCUCCCAGAAAUGAAAGAAAUUCGAGAUGGGAAGCAAUGCCAAGCCCCUACGUUAGACCAAGCCAGGGCCGCCCUGAAAGAUUUGAAAGAGAUUCUUGAUCCCCCACGAAAAACAGGUGCUGGACACAAAGAUCCCGGCCUGGAUCUCUUCGUCCGAAAAAAGGUGCAAGGCAUGGUCAGCAUGCUGAAUUUUUACACAAUCCCCCACUCACAUACAUACGGAAAAUGGGGUGCAUCUGCCCUCCAAGCUACUGUCUCUAUGGGGAGAGGUCGUUAUUGCGCGCGUCAACUUACCGCGCUGGUGCGGAAAUUCCUGGAUGAUCGUACCUUUCUUCUGGUUAAUCCCUAUGGAGAUUGGAACCAAUCAAUGCUCAUUGAUGAGGAUUUAUCCCUGGACAUCAAUUUGUAUCUCCAGGAAAUCGGAAAGGAUGUCUUGGCAAAGAAGGUGGUCAGUUUUCUUGCUCGGGAAGAGGUGAAACAGAAACAUGGCAUUACCAAAGUGAUUUCUGAACGGACGGUGCGUCGAUACCUGAAUGCGCUGGGUUACCGAUUCCGCACUGCAAAGAAAGGUCAAUAUGCAGAUGGUCAUGAGCGCGAGGACGUUGUUUAUUACCAGGACCACACUUUCUUACCACAAUGGAAAGUGCUUGAAGCUCGAAUGGAAAACUGGAGCAAAGAGAAUGAGAAGGAACAUGGUCCUCGACCUGAUGGAAAAACAGUCAUAUCUUGGUUCAACGACGAAUGCAUAUUCUAUGCAAAUGAUCGUACGCCGCGUGGGUGGUACCACAAGGAUUCCCCGGCAAAACCGUACACAAAAGGAGAGGGCGUGUCGUUGAUGAUUGGCGAGUUUGUGUCAGCCAAAUUUGGUUGGCUCCAGUCACCAGAUGGGAAACAAAGCGCUCGCAUAAUCAUGAAGCCAGGGAAGAAUCGUGAUGGAUAUAUGACAGCAGAUGACAUUGUUAACCAAGCCAACUGUGCAAUGGACAUACUCACGGAGUGGUACCCUGAGUAUGAGCACGUUUUCAUUUAUGACAACGCGCCCACGCAUUUGAAAAGACCGGAUGGCUCGCUUUCGGCUCGUCGGAUGCCAAAAAAUAUCCCAAAGGAAGGACAUAACUGGGGGGUUGAAGUUACAAAGCGUGACAAUACAGGAAAUCUGGUUCACCUACCUGACAGAACAACUGCCAAGGAGAAAAUCAAAAUGGGUAAUGCAUGCUUUGCUGAUGGGACUCCCCAAGCGCUGUAUUUCCCAGAAGGUCAUCCUCGCGCCGGCGUGUUCAAGGGAAUGGCGUACAUCUUGGAGGAGCGUGGACUUGUUAAGGAGUCGAAACUCCGUGUGGAAUGCAAGAACUUCAAAUGCGCUCCACCGGCUAUUGAUUGUUGUUGUUGCCAGGUUCUGUACAAUCAACCUGAUUUCACGCACAUUCCCACUAUUCUCGAAAACACCUGCAACGCUCGUGGAUUCAGGUUGAUAUAUCUUCCGAAAUUUCACUGUGAAUUAAAUUUUAUUGAGCAGUGCUGGGGCUAUGCCAAGAGGAUUUAUCGCUUAAACCCGCCAUCCUCGAAGGAAGAAGUUCUUGAAAAGUACGCGCUAGCUGCGCUUGAUUCAAUUUCUCUUGCACAAAUCUUCUCUAAUCGCUCUCAAAAAUUUAUGGAUGCCUAUGUUAAAGGUCUCAAUGGCCGACAAGCAGCAUGGGCAGCCAGGAAGUACAAGGGUCACCAAGUGCUUCCUGAUAGCCUAAUGGAUGACCUUGAGAAGGCAAAAAUCACUUGA